CCUGCACACAGUCACAUACGUUCCUCUGUCGCACAUUAGUGCUGUAUGAUGGAUGGAGCGAGUGUUUUCAACACCAUUCAGAAGGUGUACUACCCGCUGCUGUGCAUUCUGGGUAUUCCAGCAAACCUCUUCACUUUCUACAUGCUGUGCUGGCAUGUGUGCGGUAUGUCGGACUCGGCACGUGUGUACCUGGGCUGCUUGGCGCUGGUGGACACCUGGUACCUGCUGUGGGUGACGCUGCUCGACCUGAGCCUGGUGUUUUUGCAGCCGCAUCCGUUCUGGCACUCGCACCCUUGGUGCGGCAUCAUAAACUUCCUGCAGUAUGGAAUGUUCUACGCCACGGCCUGGCUGGUAGUAGCCUUCACCAUUGAGCGCUACCUGGUGUUCAGGGUAAUGGUGAGCCGCCACCGCCACCUGCAGGUCAGACAUGCCCUCCUCACCUGCACCACCAUCGUCCUGCUCUCACACCUGGCCUCCAUCCCCCUCUGCUGGAUCAACGUGGUGGUGCAGGUGAAUCUGACUAUGCAUGGACAGACUGUUACGGUUCCGCGCUGUCUUUACCGAGACGCAUUCUACUCCACUGUGGUGGUUUGGGUCACGUCCUUCCUGUCCAGCGGAGUUCCCAUACUGCUUGUUAUCAUCUUUAACUCUUUGAUCGCGUACCAGCUGCUCAGCUCCGGUCGUCUAUUCACUAAAGAGGAACGGCGGACAAUCCGGGCUCGUCAGACACGAGGUUCUGCCCGCAGGACUUUAGUGCUGCUUGGUAUCGUCUCUGUGGCAUUUGUGGUUCUCAGCUUGCCACGCUUUGUCACCUACUGCAUCCUGCGCACCAAACACAACCACAAAGAAUUCGACCGAGAUGACUACACCAUCGCCAUCAACGUCAUCGGAGACGUGGCCAACAUGCUGCACAACCUCAACUCCGGCACCAACUUCCUGCUGUACUGCGUGGCGAGCAGCAGGUUCCGGCAAGAGAUCGGCAACACGUUCCGCUGCCGAGUCCGAGCCCGAGAACUAGGCUCCCUUUUUACACAAACCACCAUGAAGGUCUUCUCUGUAGCUGAGCACAGAGAAAAGGCUGGACAAGACCCUGUCUCUAUUGUUCUCACCAAACUGAGACACUUGGAGAGUCCUACAGCAUCCAACAGCAGAAGCUCAGAUGGUUCCAGCACAUUCUGGACCCUGAAACAGUUCUGAGAGCGCUGCAUGAGACUGAGAAAUAAAACAAAAUUAACAAACACCAGCCAUCCUUCU